AUGGCGACCGACGACGCUCCGUCCAGAAGUCGCCACAAGAGGACGAGGACCGGGUGUAUGAAAUGUCGGACCCGGCGCCGCAAAUGCGACGAGGAGAAGCCAAAAUGUCGGCGCUGCAUUGAGGGCGGCUUUGACUGCCAGUACGGCCCGAGAUUAACGUUCUUGCACAAGAAUGCUCUGACAGUGUCGCCAACGCCCAAAUCGAACGAGACGCAGUAUUCUCGUCUUCAGUUUGUUGAUCCUGGGUCCUCAGUCUCAACCUCGAAAGAGUUAGAUGGAGGUGAUGGCAACAAUGACAUGACGACGUCGCCGACAGCUUCAGGAGCCACGCUGGAGCGACUGAUCGAGUCGACGCCAAAAAAUCCAGAAAUACACGAGCUUGUGGCAGCUGAAACUCCCAGAGAGCAAGUGCCCUUCGUCAAUGAUCACUUCACGCCGGGACCCUGGCCGCAGGAUGGAGAUCCCAUCCAGAGCUCGCCACAGCAUUCUAUGGUCGUCAUGACCGACAGGAUGCAGGCGUCUCCCAAAGACGCCGACUACCAAACUGCCCUGACUGUGCUCCUUUCUCUCGGCAACGAUGAACCACCUCAGAUUCUUCAUUCCCCAAGCCAUGAACGAGUGGCGGCUUUACACCCACCACUCGUGUCCUCACCCAGCAGCGCAGGUGCGUCGGCAACCGGGACCAUCUCGCAGGAGACGAUUCUGCAGCUGCUCCGACAAUACCGAUACCAAGUUGCUCCUUGGCUAGACAUCUGCGACAUGAGCCAGUGCUUUGGCCUCGUCGUGCCACGGUUGGCGAUGGAAUCUGGAAGCGCACUGCACUCGCUGCUUGCGCUGUCGUCCCAGUCGUUACAAGCCGGACGGUUAACACAAACGAAUGAUCAUUCUCUCCAUAUCACAGCCGACACUGGCUUCAUGCAGAAUCAGGUCUUUGAGUCCGUCAACGAUAGUGAGCUCAUCCAUCUAGCACUCGCCAGUACAACGCAGUUCCUCAGAGAUGCGCCUGGCUCGUGGCAUAGCACAACAUGCCUUCUCGCUGAUGGCGCUCACUCGAAAGAGCUGGCGCAAACCCCUUCGAAACUGCGCUUGUCGGUGCUUGGGCUAUUGUUGAGACUGGACCUUGGCAAAGCCCUCGUCAAUGGCACGAGUGUGUUGAUUCCGGAUCAGCUCGACUAUCCAGCAACCCCCCCAGAGUGGCAAACAUCGGCUAUUGCCGACACUGUGUUUCAGUCCGCGAGCGAAUCUCUUUUGUUGUGCGCCCAAGCUGUCAACUUUGGCGCUUGUAGCUUUCCAGCGCCAGCGACCACCACUGGCAGCGCACCGCGGUCGCCAGUACAGCGGUGGACCAUGCUCAGCGACGCUCUGAGCGCUUGGUACACCAAUCGUCCUCGCGAAUUCCAUCCCAUGAUCGAGACGGAGGUCGACGACAGCCUGUUCCCCGUGUUGCUUUUCACAAAUGGUGCCGCGGUUUUCGCGAACCAGUUGUACCACACAGCCAUGCUUCUCAUGUUGCAGCACCGGCCUCGUACCCUGUCCGUCGGCGCCGCGCGAAAGGACCCCACCAUGUCGCCGCUAUGGCAUGCCCAGCGUGUCUGCGGCAUAGCGAUGAACAACGACCGACGGGAUAGCUGGGAUCUGUGUCUGGUGGCUGCACUCUACCGAGCUGCUCAGCGCAUGACGUAUGAGCCGCAACAACUGGCCGUGCUCGGCUGUUUCGAGAAGAUCAAGACCAUGACAGGGUGGGAUGUCAGCUUCUUCGUCAACAAGGCUCGAGAAGAUUGGGGUAUGGCCACUGGAUGA